CCUCAUUCGGUUAUCUUCUUUUACGCCUUCCUAACUUCCUUACAAUUAAGCUUGAGUACUCUUCUUACAUUUUACAAAACCCUUUAGUUUAAAUGGUUGAUUAGUAGGCCAAAAUCCAUUACUGAACGUGUAACAAACGCUGUGAAAGUCACAGACUUACUCGUCAAGAAGAAGUUAUGGCUCUUUUCGUUCUCUCUUUCAUUGUGCCUUCAUCGAAAGCUUGAGUUACGUUCUUCCACAGUGCAACAAGACCGUUUACUUUGACUUUGAAUUUUGGUCCGUCACUCUUCACAAAACCAUGCAUCCUCUGUUUCAGGCUAAUCUAUUGGAUUCCCAGCGACUAAAACUUAAAUCGAGGAAAAACCAUUAUGUCUUCUUGGGCCUCUUUCAUCUUCCUUUUCAUUUUCUCCUUUCUCACUAGCUUCAGAGUUUUUGCUCAAGAUCCUACUUACAGAUACCACAGCUGUCCCAAUACGACAAUUUUCUCCAGAGACAGCGCUUACUUCUCUAACCUUCAAACCCUUCUGUCCUUUCUCUCUUCCCCCGACGCCUCCUCUAGCUACUCCAGUGGAUUCCGAAACGACGCCGUCGGAACCUUUCCGGACAGAGUCACCGGACUUUUUGAUUGUCGUGGAGACCUCCCGCCAGAAGUUUGCCAUAACUGUGUCGCCUUUGCCGUCAAGGACACCUUAAUUCGGUGUCCGAACGAGAGAGAUGUCACGCUCUUUUAUGAUGAGUGUACGCUAAGAUACUCGAACCUUGUGGUAACAUCUGCUCUAGAUCCCACUUAUGUAUACCAUGUUUGUCCCAGCUGGGCAACUUUUCCCAGAAGCAGCACUUACAUGACUAAUCUCAUAACCCUUUUGUCUACUCUCUCUUCCCCCUCCGCCUCAUACUCCACUGGAUUCCAAAACGCCACGGCAGGAAAACACCCCGACAGGGUAACAGGACUUUUCAAUUGCCGUGGAGAUGUCUCACCGGAAGUUUGCCGUAGAUGCGUCUCUUUUGCCGUCAACGAAACCUCAACUCGGUGUCCUAUCGAGAAAGAAGUCACACUCUAUUACGAUCAGUGUACACUCAGAUACUCUAACCGGAAUAUCCUCUCAACUUCUAAUACCAAUGGAGGAAUUAUCUUGGCUAACAGUCAGAAUAUGACAUCUAACGAACAAGCCCGGUUCAAAGAUUUGGUUUUAACCACGAUGAACCAAGCCACCAUCGCAGCUGCCAACAGUUCCAAAAGAUUCGACGCGAGAAGUGCCAAUUUUACGACGUUGCAUAGUUUGUACACACUGGUUCAGUGCACUCAUGAUCUUACAAGACAAGACUGUUUGAGUUGUCUGCAACAGAUCAUCAAUCAAUUACCCACUGAAAAAAUUGGGGGACAAUUUAUUGUACCGAGCUGUAGUUCAAGAUUCGAGCUUUGCCUGUUCUACAAUCAAUCCGCCGUUACAACACCUCAACCGCAGCAGAAUUCAGCUCCUCCACCACCGCCAACUUCAAUUCCUUCACCACGACCUGGUCUGAACAGUCGAUUUCCUUUGAUUACAUGUUUAAGCGCAGUUUCUUUUGAGAAGUUCAAAGAUUUGCUAAAACCAGGGUUCAUAUGUAUUCUAAUAAAAAUUGUUUCUGAGAAUACAGGAAAAGGCGGAAACUCCUCUGUCAUAAUUAUUGCUGUUGUUGUUUCAAUCACUGCCCUUCUUCUGCUCUUUGUAGCUGUUUUUAGUGUCCGCACUAAGAGGAGAAAAAAGAUGAUUGGAGCGAUACCGUUGUUAAACGUAAAGAGAAAAGACACGGAAGUCACGGAACCACUUGCUGAAAAUGGGGAUAGUAUUACAACUGCAGGCUCACUUCAGUUUGAUUUUAAGGCAAUUGUGGCAGCAACGAAUAACUUUUUGCCGAUUAACAAGCUUGGUCAAGGUGGAUUCGGCGAAGUUUACAAGGGUACAUUUCCUAGUGGAGUACAAGUUGCGGUGAAGAGGCUAUCAAAGACAUCUGGACAAGGUGAAAGAGAGUUCGAAAACGAAGUUGUUGUUGUGGCAAAGCUUCAGCAUAGAAAUCUGGUAAGGCUGCUUGGUUAUUGUCUGGAAGGAGAAGAGAAGAUUCUUGUCUACGAGUUUGUGCACAACAAAAGCCUCGAUUACUUUCUUUUUGACACUACGAUGAAACGACAGCUAGACUGGACACGACGGUACAAGAUCAUUGGAGGAAUUGCUAGAGGAAUUCUUUAUCUUCAUCAAGAUUCACGACUCACAAUCAUACAUCGUGACCUCAAAGCGGGCAACAUCCUCUUGGACGCUGAUAUGAACCCCAAAGUUGCAGAUUUUGGAAUGGCGAGGAUUUUUGGGAUGGACCAAACAGAAGCCAAUACGAGAAGAGUUGUGGGAACCUAUGGUUACAUGGCUCCCGAGUAUGCUAUGUACGGCCAGUUCUCCAUGAAAUCAGAUGUGUACAGUUUUGGUGUCUUAGUAUUUGAGAUUAUAAGCGGCAUGAAGAACAGUAGUCUCUAUCAAAUGGAUGAUAGUGUUAGCAACUUGGUUACAUAUACUUGGAGACUAUGGAGCAAUGGGUCACAAUUAGACCUUGUGGAUCCGUCAUUUGGAGAUAAUUAUCAAACACAUGAUAUUACGAGGUGCAUCCAUAUCGCUUUACUAUGUGUUCAGGAAGAUGUUGAUGAUCGUCCAAACAUGUCAGCGAUCGUCCAAAUGCUCACUACUAGCUCGAUUGUUCUCGCCGUGCCUAAACAACCUGGAUUUUUCUUUCGGGGUAGGCAUGAACAAGUAGGAGAAGUAGGUUCAUCUGUGGAUAGGCUUGCUCUCUGUUCAAUCGAUGAUGCUUCCAUUACUAGUGUUGCUCCUCGUUGAAGACAAAACUAUUCACUAAAAGUGACUAUAUACAAAGAUUUCGUCUAAAUCAAACCGUUUCCAAUGUUCAUUUUCUUUUCUUUUUGAAAAUAAGUAUAUUUAUAUUACGGCACUGAAGCUUAGAAUACGAAACAGAGGAUUAUUACAGAGCUCUUCUUUGCCUGUUUCUUUUCCUUUAGUUGGUUCAGAUAAUGUGUG